AUGAAAGUAGAAUUACUUCCUUCGAGUUCCUCUUACACUGAUGAGGAUGAGAGAAAUCUCAAGCAAUUGCUCGAGGCUUUUAGUUCUGUCAUCUCUCUCGAGGACAUCGCUUCGGCCUAUUGUGAAACUGGUCGAGACUUAAACUCGACUGCUGAACGACUCUGUAUCUUGCUGAGUAGCCAUAGUGGAGCUUCUUCGCAAGUAGCGCCAGAUAAUGUUGAAAACACGUCUAGUUUGUCCUCUGGAUGUGCUUCCAAUGACAUUCCAGAUAAUGCUCUUUUAACUAAACCAAAGACGAAGAAAGUUUCAGCAUCUGUGGGGUCCAUUUCUGAUGUGAUUGGCAAAGAUUACUUUAGACCUAGAAAUCAGUCAGAUGGACAGACUCAGAAGUUGAAACCAGUGAAAAUAAAUUCUGAUGAAUUUCCAGUUUCCGUGAUCUGGGAUGAGAAAAAGGAGUCGGCCUCUUCCUCGCAUGGUGAAUCCAUGGACAGGGAUAUUCAGGAAUUUCUUUGCAAAAUGCUCGGAGAUGGAUUCCAGCUAGAAAAGAGUAUGAUCCAGGAUGUUAUGGGUGAAUGUGGGUACAAUAUCCCAAUGAGUAUUGAUAAACUGAUUGACCUAUCCGCUGCAAACCUAGAGAAGAGUGAUGAUGUUAUUGGCGUAACUGCUGAAAAUACUACAAAGAACAGCCUUGGUCUGGGUUCCAGUUCUAGCACAACACAAGCACCGGCUAUUCCUUUUUCUGGAAGGCCAAACAAUGGUAUGAGCUGGGCAGAUGAAGUUGAACUAUCUGAGGCUGGAACAAAAGUGAAAGAUGUACAAAGAGAAGUUCUGGAGGCGCUAUUUACUGGGCCCGACAGGUUCGAAGAAAGAGUGUCCGCCCCUCCAGUUAGACCAAUUCGGCGGUCAUCAGCCCACGGUCAGGUUGUGACGAAACCACCAGACGAGAAAAUGUUUGAAGAUUUUUCAUACAUUACAAGACAACCUAUCAGUAACAGAAGUGAUGUAUCUGAAAAGACAAGUUAUGAGGACUUGAGAAAAGCUGUGGCUGAGUACUGGGUCAUUAUGAAAGAGUACUAUAAGGCUUCGGUGGAAGCAUAUACUAGAAAGGAUUAUGAAAAAGCGGUAAAGCUUCUGGAAGAGGGCAACUUCUAUAUGAGAAAGGCUCGUGAAGCAGAUGAACUAUCUGCAAAGAAGCUUAUUGAGGACAGUGACGAGGAGGAAGAAUUCUCCAUUAACAUGCACUAUCUGGACCCAAAGGAUGCUUUGCAGCAUAUGAAGCUUCAUUUGACUUCUCUUUCUGGUUUGCCAUCUGUUCGCUAUCUGAAGGCUGUAGUUGGGACAGAUGGUACAGACAAAAAAGAUGGGCGGCGUAAGCGUCUGAUCACUAAGCUUCUGGAUAAGGAGGGAAUCCCUUGGACCGAGGAAGGAAAUGGAUGGAUAAUAUCCAUUCGAGUAGACGAACUUGAUCCAAGGAGUCUGAGUUUCUCCAGCAAAUGA